AGGUGGCACUGUCUGUGUUUGCUUCCGGGCUUACCGGGUCGGCUGCGGACCAUGGCGAAGUCUAGAGUGGAAAUUAAUUUUGUACGGCUGCUGUCUCGGUGUGAGGCAAUGGCGUCGGAAAAGAGGCAGGAAGGGGAGUGGAGACUGGAUAAGUUUGUGGAUGCUUUGGAAAAAAUGCUUCUAUCUAUUAAAGAAGAUACCAGAAAGCCUGCUCCAGAACUUCUCAUAGAAUAUUCUAGGAAAGUGGACUUCCUAAAGGGGUUGUUAGAAGCUGAUAAGCUGGCUUCAUCUUCAGAAAAAGCUCUGGCCAACCAGUUUUUGGCUCCUGGACGUACACCCACAAUCAGUAAAGAACGAACACCAGUAACUAAAACUGUUCACCUUCAGACCCAAGCUCGCUACACUGACGAAAUGAGGAAAGAGCUACUUGGAAAGACUACCUUGUCCCCUAACGAUUCAGGUGACUCUUAUCCAAGGAAGAGGAAGGGCUCCAUGUCUGAUGACAAGCAGUCUGCAGCAGAACUUGAUGCAGUGUUACAGCACCAUCACAACUUGCAGGAGAAGCUGGCUGAAGAGAUGCUGCGUCUGACCCAAAAUCUUAAAAACAACACCCUGGCUGCACAAAACGUUAUAAAACAGGACAACCAGACACUCUCCCAGUCACUGAAGCUCGCUGACCAGAAUUUUGAAAAGCUGAGGACAGAAUCAGACCGCCUGGAGCAGCAUGCCAAGAAGUCCGUUAACUGGCUCCUCUGGAUCAUGCUCAUUUUUGUCUGUUUCACCUUUAUUAGUAUGAUCCUCUUCAUCAGAAUAUUCCCUAAACUUCGAUGACAGCAAUGGGCCUGUGUCACUUUACUGUACAUUGUAGCUCCUGAUUGAUUACUCUUCUAAACAGGCAGAAGCAGGACCUUUUUAUUGUGCGGACAAGUAACAUUUUCAGCAAUUAGCACCACAAUUAAGGAGACAUUUUAUUUAAGAUGUUCAAAAGUUGUACUAUAAAUACACCAAUCUAAGAAUAUUAUACAA